CGGAGGAGCAGCAAGCCAGUGAACAAAACAGAAAUGAUGGAGAGAUGCUCCAUCUCUGCACUGUCUCUCUUGCACCUCCUGUCUCUCUCACUUCUCGCUUGCGCUACAAACAAUGAGCCCUCGCAGAUGCAGCUUCCCACCACGGUUCAGGCGACGCCCACUCCACUCUGGGCAGUCGACUGGGGCCCCACGCAGCCUCUAGAAGAUGACACCCACCACUUUCCGUCUUCUCAGGACGCAGAUGGCGUGAACCCGGCCACACCCGAGGCGUGGCCGCGGCGCAGAAACGCGCUGCCCGACCAAACCCAGCAGCAUCCUCUGACCAUUGACGCCAAUGACUCAACAGACGGGCAAGAACGAGAUGCAGAAGAAAGAGAGAUGGAAGAAGUGGAUCCUCAGUUCUAUGUGACCGUGACUAUCUCGUCCCUUCUGAUUUUCUCGGCGCUCAUCAUUUCAGCCAAGUUCUGUUACGACCGCAGUCUCUCUCAGCGUCCUCCUCAGCGGCCUCUGUCCAACUCCGUCAAUCGAUCACUGGCCCAGGAGGAUAGCAGGACCACACUUCAAAGUACUCCAUCCUUUCCUGACAGAGAGAGGUAA